UAUUGUGCGAUAACAUUAUUGAUACUGAGAUAAUUGAAGUUUACGUAAUACGGCUACCAGACGGUCGCUCUGUCGAGUGGCGAGCGCGCGCCUCCCACAUUAGUUCUCCCGCGACUGACAGUGCCGUACGUUGUCGAGCGAUUACGCGGUUAUCGGUAAUUCGCGUCGCUCGGAGCAAACAAAUAAUAUUCAUCCUCAGCCUACACUCAAACAGCUCAAGAUGACGGAAAAAGCGUACAUCCUGGGCAUGGAUAUCGGGACAACAUCCGUAAAAGUGUGCAUCUACGAUCCAAUAACUAAGGAACUCCUGGCGAAACAGAACAAGGAUACGGCGGCUAACAUACCCAGCGAUCAGGGGAUAGAAGGGAACAAGCAGGACGUUCCCAAAAUAGUGUCAGCGGUCCAUUACUGCGUGUCGAGACUGCCGAGAGAUUUAUUGCGCCACGUCAACAGGAUCGGCGUCUGUGGCCAGAUGCAUGGAGUCGUUUUGUGGAGGAACAGAGCAUGGGAGAAGAUAGAAAAAGAAGGUGUUGUCAUGCGUUUUGAUGCAAUACGAGAAAAUAUGUCAGCUCUCUACACUUGGCAGGAUACAAGAUGCAAGCCAGAAUUCUUGGAGACCCUUCCGAAACCAGACUCACACCUCAAGUGCUACUCUGGCUAUGGAUGUGCCACACUCUUAUGGAUGCUGAAGCACAAACCUGAGAAACUCAAGAACUUCAGCUGUUCAGCCACAGUGCAAGAUUUUGUUGUGGCUAUGCUCUGUGAUUUGGAUACUCCGGUUAUAUCAGACCAGAAUGCUGCAAGUUGGGGGUAUUUUAAUACUGAACAAAAUGAGUGGAAUACUGAAAUUUUGAGCUCUAUAGAGUUUCCAGUAAAUCUCUUACCAAAAAUCAUUAAGAGUGGGGAAGCUGCAGGAAUUUUAAAGAGCUCAUGGAAUGGCAUCCCCGAAGGAACCCCCGUUGGUGUUGCCAUGGGUGAUCUCCAAUGUUCUAUAAUUUCCACUCUUGAGACAGAGCAAGAUGCAGUUUUGAAUAUAUCAACUUCGGCCCAACUCGCUAUUGUUUCAGACUCAAUAUCUGAUUUGGGAUGCAAUACUAUUGAACACUUGCCAUACUUUGAUAACAAAUAUCUAGUGGUAGCGGCUUCUUUGAAUGGAGGAAAUGUUCUAGCGACUUUCGUAAAAAUGCUUCAGCAAUGGAUGCUAGAAUUUGGGUUUCACAUUCCACAAUCUAAAGUUUGGGAAAAGCUUAUUGCUCUCGGAUUAAAUGCUUCCGAUUCAAAUAUGAAGAUCUCACCGUUACUGCUCGGUGAAAGGCAUACACCAACUAGCAAAGCUAGCGUAGAAAACAUUGAUUUGUCAAAUAUUCAACUAGCUUCAGUGUUUAAAUCUCUGUGCGAUAGUUUGAUUGAGAAUUUGCACUGUAUGAUGCCAAAAGAAAUAUUGCAAAAAGGGAAAAUAAAGAGAAUAGUUGGGAAUGGUUCAGGACUAUCUAGAAAUGUUGUUUUGCAGAGAGCUGUUGAGCAUUAUUAUAGCUUGCCUUUGGAAUUUACUUCCGGUGGUGAUGCAGCGAGAGGAGCAGCUAUUGCAGUAGUAAAAAUUCAGAAUGUGUAAACCUCAAUUAAAUUAAAUACUUUAUAUUACAUUCUAUUUAAGUU